UAAUCCUAUGGAAACUGAAAGCUUGAAAAACAUAAAAUAUUAUUCUUUUUUUGCAAAUGGAGUUAUAAAAUCAAAAUUACAUUACAACUAUCUCAGGUGAUAUUCAUGCAACAUGCAAAAUAUUCGGCUCACAUAAGAUAAUCGUUAUUCAAAGGGAUGAAUAUACAUUUGUAUCUAUGGAAAUUAGAGCUAAAACUUCGCUUCGGUCACAUGUCUUUAUUUAGUGUUAAACUUUAGACGUCUCAAAACGUCAAGCCCCCUACUCAAAAUCAUGGCUCCGCCCUGAUUCAUGGAGUAACAGAGGGACAUAUAGACGGUCAUUUCAAAUAAUAUAUCACACACGGGUCUCCAAAACAGCGGGCAUGAAAAUAAGAACAUAAAUAAUGGGAAGUAAUUUGACACAAAGAUGUAGAAACCAUUGAGAGUAUCCCUUGCAUACAUGGACAGACGGGCAGAGUCCAAUACAGAUUAGAUUAAUAAUAAGUACGGUGUAGUUUUAGGAAAAGGAAGUAAAUUAAUGACAUAAGAUUUGACAGGUUUUUUUUUGUUAAUUUAUCAUUCAGAAAAUAGAUUUAGAAAAAUUUAAAUCUUUAACAUUUCGGUCAGGGCAGUAACAUUAGCAUCAUCAGAUUAUUUACUGGAUUUUAUAAUUCUAAAAUUAAGACAGUUGGAUAAUCAUAUCAUAUAAACUGAUUGCCUAAACAAACAAAUUUGAAAAAAGAUAACACGUCAAGUUUCAAAAUGGCAGUGUCAGGACGUAAGUCAUCCGAUUUUCGUAGUUCAGUGUCUAAAGGUUCCGCUGAGGAAUGUGAACCGUGUUUGGCGAUUGGACAGGAAAUAGAAGCUCAUGGAUUUUGUGUGGACUGUCAAGAAUACCUGUGUAAGAAUUGCUAUGCUUAUCAUCAACGGAUCAAAGCCACGAAACAUCAUCAACUGCUUGACAAAGGGAGCAUGGGCAAACACACCAUCCAAAGGAAGGAUUCAGCGGUGUGUAUUGAAAAGUGUACUCUCCAUGAAAAUAAAACGAUCGAAUUUUUCUGUACUCAGCACGAUUCACUUGGCUGUACAGAUUGUAUUACUCUGAACCAUAGAGCAUGUCAAAUUAAUUUUAUACCUGACAAAUGUGCAGGUAUUGGAAACACUGAAGAAUACAGGGAGACGAUGAGGAAACUUGAACAGAAAAUAAAAGAGCUUGAUGAGGUAGCGAAAAGGGCAAAUGUCGAAGACAAGGAGAUAAGUACUUGUCAUGACAAAGCAUUACAAGAAAUUGUCAAAUUUCGGAAAGAAAUAAAUGACUAUUUAGAUCAACUGCAAAGGAAAAUUCAAGCAGAUAUUGACAAGAAGAAGACAGCAGACAAACAAAAAGUCCAGGAAGUCAUCAAAUUAUGUUCCAACAUUUCUACAGAUAUCAGCAAACUUAAGUCCAAUCUACAAGACAGCAAAGCUUCUCAACAGCACGGACAGCUUUACAUCAACAUUAAACAAGCUCAGUCGAAAUUAAAGUCAGAUGAAGUUCAAAAAGCAGAAGAAUCCUUGGCUCAGACAUACACACAAUAUAGAUUUGAACGCAGCAAAAAUCUAGAGAAUGCGAUAUCAAAACAGGAAAUAUUUGGGAAGCUGAGUGACCCCACCAGUCUGGUUACUCCAAAAAGGAAGAAAACAGUUGACAAAUUAACUUGUAAGGAUGAUAUAAAUGUACAAACGAGAUCAGAUAAGAAGAAAUGUGAUAUUACAGGAUGUGCAGUCUUGUCCUCUCACAAAAUUGUGCUGGCUGAUGAGGAUAACUCUAAACUGAAAGUUGUGGACAGGAAAAGUAAAGUCGUGAUAGAAGAAAAGUCCCUUGACUCUGGACCGCGGGACAUUACCGUACUGCCUCAAGAUCAGAUUGCUUUGACAAUGCCAGAGAAUGAAGAGAUCUAUAUAAUGUCGACAGCUGGUAAAUUGUCAAUGAUACGUAAGUUUCCAGUUGAAGGAACAUGUAGAGGUAUAACGUAUCACGAAGAUCGUCUCUAUGUGGUUUGCUGGGGGGAUCCUAACUGUGUACGUAUUUUAGACAUACAAGGAAAUGUCCAGAACACAAUUUCCCUCAAUGAUAAGGUAUUUGACAGCUCUAACUAUAUUGUGUUCAAUGAAGAUUCUAGGCUUAUCUAUAUAAGUAACUUUUUGACAGAUAAUGUAGUCAGCAUAACUUUACAAGAUGAAAUAUCUGCCGUAUACAAGAAUAAGGAUCUUCGGGGACCAGUUGGAAUGCUGAUGUUAGAAGAUGGCUCAUUGCUGGUUUGCUGCAGGAAAACUGGCAACAUACAUCGUAUCUCGGGAGACCUGAAGCAAGGUCAAACAUCAAUUGAUGGUCUGACAGGCACACGGUGCAUAUGUUACAAUCAUGAUCUACAAGAAGUCUAUAUUGGUUGUCAGAAUCAGCUGAAAGUGUUCAGUUUGCAAUGACAUUUUGUUUCACGUACAGUUCCAGACAACAAUAUUAAAUGGCAUGAAAGAUGACCUAAUUUUAUUUCCAAGACAGAUAACUUUUGCUCUUUAAAACAUGUAAAUGAAGCCUCACAUUUCUGUAUGUUUGUUCGAUUUUCUGCAUCUACAUUUCUGAGCUUUAUAUGUAGGGCUUUUAUAUAUAGUAAUAGCUAUUUAACAUAUCAUUUAUUUUAGUUACAAUACUGUAUCGUUUUGAAAUUCUUGCAAUAAUUAUAACAAGUGUAAAUGAAGUAACAAAAAUCUAUUAUUUUUUCGAGGGGGCGGAGAUGAGAGUAUGAGGGGGUGGGGUAGGAAUGGACUAGUUUUUUUGUAUAUAGUUCUCUUAAGUUUUAUACAUUACAAACAUAGUUAUCUGCAUGUUGUUGAAAAAUAACAAAUAAUUAAAUCAAGUUUCAGAUUCGUUCAUCUCUUCAAAGUUUCUUUCGUAGAAACACAAGAACUGGUGUUAACCUAUAUUUGAACAAAAUGCAAACAUGCAUACGGUCAAUAUUUUUUAUCUUGAGUAACAAGUAUUAUGAAUAUAUAAAAAAACUUUCUUUGUUGUUUGUAAAGUUUGGUUAUCAUUCUAUUUUUUCAAUACAUUCAACUACUGCAGUAUUUGUACAAAUUCUUUCAGUCAUUUAACAGUGAUUUAACAUCGAUAUAAAUUAAAUCCAAAAUACCAACUUAGAAGUAUUAGGUUACUAAACUUUCAAUAUUGUUGGUAAAACUUAUGUCCCAACCAUUUGUUUUUGAUGUCAGUCUGAUUUUGAUGUGUCUAAUUGUAAUUUAUAUUACAUGUAUACAUAUAAUUACAUUUGCAGAAGAUUAAAAAACAAAAUGUCA